UUGCGUAUGUAAUUAUAAUCCAUAAACAAGUUUUUAACUAAACGCAGCUGUUUUAUUUUAAAUUUGACCAAUUUCAAAGUCUUGUAGCCUUUAUGUGCACAUUACUUUACUUAAACGCUAACGCUUCAACUGGCAAAACAAAGAGCUUUCGCAGAGCAAUGAAAGAGAGUGGUACCUGAUUCUUGGCGAGAGUGCAAGAGAGCAAACGUUUCGUGGUCAAACAAAACAAUUGCUUUCACUAUCUCCACGCUCGCAUUCGUGUUGGGCCUGCGUUGCGUUUUAAAAUAAAACUUCUGUCGGUGUGUGCCACUGUGAUUGUGCCAGUGAGUGAUGUUCCAUCGUUGCAAUAUACAAAUUAUAUAAUUUAUCCAAAAGUGCACUAAUUGAUUUUCCAACAGUCGCAAAGAACCGGCAAAUUUCCAGUUAGCAGCGACUUCAGCCCUUGGAAAUGGCGCGUUUAAUUGAGAGCAAUUUCGUUCCGAUUGCCGUGGGCGUCGUAGCCGUCGUUGCCGGCGCCCUGAUUGUCCACUAUUUCAUCAACAAGAAGUCAACGAAGCCGCGCCGUGAGCCGAACCGGACCGCGCGACUGCGCACACUUGUGGAUCCCAACGAUAAGUAUCAGCUGCCGUUGAUCGAGAAGGAGGUGCUCAGCCAUGAUACGCGACGUUUCCGCUUUGGACUGCCCUCCAAGCAGCAUAUACUCGGCCUGCCCGUGGGCCAGCACAUACAUCUGAUUGCAACGAUUGACAACGAGCUUGUCAUACGGCCGUAUACGCCCAUCUCGUCUGACGAGGAUGUGGGCUAUGUGGACUUGGUUGUGAAGGUGUACUUUAAGGAUACGCAUCCCAAAUUCCCAGCUGGUGGCAAAAUGACCCAGCAUUUGGAACAGAUGGAGCUGGGCGAGAAGAUAUCGUUCCGUGGACCAUCGGGUCGCCUGCAGUACCUGGGCAACGGCACCUUCUCCAUUAAGAAACUGCGCAAAGAUCCACCCAAACAUGUGACCGCCAAGCGUGUCAACAUGAUAGCCGGCGGCACUGGCAUCACGCCCAUGUUGCAGCUGGUGCGCGAAGUGCUCAAGCGCAGCGACAAGGACAAGACCAAACUGGCGCUGCUGUUCGCCAACCAGAGCGAAAAGGAUAUUUUGCUGCGUGAGGAACUGGAUGAACUGGCCAAGAAGCAUCCCGAUCAGUUUAAGGUCUGGUACACCGUGGACAAAGCGGCCGAAGGCUGGACGUACAGUGUUGGAUUUAUCAAUGAUGAAAUGAUUGGAGCUCAUCUGCUGCCGGCCAACGAUGAGACGAUUGUACUGCUGUGCGGACCACCGCCCAUGAUUAACUUUGCCUGCAAUCCAGCGUUAGACAAGCUUGGCUAUCAUCCGGACACACGUUUUGCGUAUUAGGACCGAUCACCGAUCUAUAUAGGCGCCAUAACUGCACAUUUGGCAACUCCCAUUCAUUGGAGACAAAACUAGCAUUUUUGUUUGUCUAUUGCUCUACGCUCAAGAGUUGCAUUUGGAACUGACCCAAGAACUAAAUAAGUAUAUAAUACUGAGUAGCCUCUGCAGUUAUAAUUGUGUUUGUGUGAGGGUGUCCGGCUUCAUGGGAAUUUGGAUCAAAUUGAACAGAUGCAACAACUCAAUACUUCACAUUGUUUUUCAUUUUUUCAAAUCACUUUCAAUUUCGUUAUCGGAUUUACAUAAACAAUUUGUUGUCGUUGAACUCUGAUUUGCAAUAAUUAUUCGUUUCAAUCGAAUCGUUAAUUCAUUUGCAAUCAUUCAGCACGAGUAUGUUAAUUUGGGCCAUUUGUUAUACAUUCACGAAAUGUGGUGUAAAACGUGAACUUGUUUAACUCAGAGAGGCCGUAAAACAUGGUAAUAGAAAUAUAUAUAGAUGGACACUUCCAGGAAAAGCAUCAUCAUCAAUAAAAACCUUACAAUAUAUACAGAUAAUCUAUAAUUUAUAUAUGUGUACAUGAGAGAUCAAAUAAAUGACCAAACCGAA